CCUCCCAGUCCGGGAAACGAGCCCAUCCGAAUCGGGUGGGGGGGGGAGAUUUGCGCUUUGAGCGAGCGGAGAAACUUCCUCCGGCCCCCCUCCCCGAUUUUCUCUCUCUCUCUCUCUCUUGCCAGCGGAAAGGGUCCCCCCCCUCCUCUAUUUUUCCUGCCUCCUCUUCUUCUUCUCCCCAGAUUCCCCCCCCCCCCAAUAGCUUGGCGUGCUGGGAGGGUGUGGAAGCGAGGAAGCCGUUUCCUGCAGCAAUUGGGUGUUUUUUUUUAUGAUUAUUAUUAUUUUAAUUUUUAAACCAGACUUGUUGCCAAUAGAAGGCAGGAGGAAAAAAAAAGGGGGGGGGUUCUCUUCUUCCCCUCCCCGCCCCACUCCCACGCCCACCGGCGAUGCUCGAUAGGUCCGGGCUGGCCCGGCCGAACCAGUGAGCGGGGUUUCGGCUGGUCGCCGCUGCUGGGCUUUCGCCUUGGCCUCGCUCUCUCGCCGCUCCGACCAUCUUAAUUCGGUUCCGCGGCCCUUCGCGGCCCUCCCCCUUUCGAGGGGAGCCGGCGGGACCCCUCCCCCUCCCUCCCUCCCCCCCUUCUCUCUCUCUCUCUCUCUCUCUCUCUCUCUCUCUUUUCCUCUUUUCCCCUGGCUCUUUUUCAAGCGCUCUAUCCCCAAGCUGGCAAAGAUGCGCGGCUCUGGCUUAGCGCGGAGGGCAGUUCUUUGCCGCUGACCCCCCUGCUUGCUCUGCCCCCCCCACCAUUAUUUAAGAAAAGAAAAGAGGGGGGGAGCCGAGAGAGGGGCCGGAGAAAGCUUGAAGGCGGACAGAGAGAGAGGGGGGGGCGAGGCUGGCGACUUUGGCAAACUUGCGCCUCUUCUCCGGACUGGCAGGAGCAUGGCCGCGCAGCUGACUCCCGAGGAGGAGCAGGCCACCAAGCAGUUCCUUGAAGAGAUCAACAAGUGGACCAUCCAGUACAAUGUCUCGCCUCUUUCCUGGAACGUGGCCGUCAAAUUCCUCAUGGCCAGGAAAUUUGAUGUUCUCCGAGCGAUUGAACUCUUCCACUCCUACAGGGAAACGAGGUUCAAGGAAGGCAUCGUGAAGCUGAAACCUCACGAGGAGCCGCUGAGAUCAGAACUCCUGAGUGGAAAAUUCACCAUCCUGAGUGUCCGGGAUCCUUCCGGAGCCUCGAUUGCCCUCUUCACCGCUAAGUUGCACCACCCCAAUAAAAGUGUCCAACACGUGGUACUUCAGGCCCUCUUCUACCUGCUGGACAGGGCAGUGGAAAGCUUUGAAACGCAGCGGAACGGUCUGGUGUUUAUCUACGACAUGGCAGACUCUCACUAUUCGAACUUCGAGCUGGAUCUCAGCAAGAAGAUCUUGAACUUGCUGAAGGGAGCCUUUCCAGCACGCCUGAAAAAGGUGUUCAUCGUAGGCGCCCCGAUGUGGUUCAGAGUUCCUUAUUCCAUUAUCAGCUUGUUGCUUAAAGAGAAACUGCGAGAAAGGGUCCAGAUGGUGAAAAUGUCGGAGCUCAGGCAGCACCUGCCCCACGAGUGCCUCCCCGAGUAUUUGGGAGGGUCUCUGAAGCUGGACCCCCUCAGCUGGAACUGCAGAUUCCUCCCGCAGCAGAAUGGGCACCCGGACCCCCUGGACGAGCUGAUCCUGGUCCCCCUAGCUCCACCUCGGGACAACGGUUCCGUCCACAUCCCCGGGCCCAAGUCCAUGACUCUGCAGGAACUUCUGGAGCACGUCAACCAGAAGCAGAAGCGAGGAAUUUAUGAGGAAUAUGAAGGCAUUCGGCACCGAAGCCCGACGGGCACUUUUGGGUGUUCUCUAGCGCCUUUGAACCAGGAGAAAAACCGAUACGGGGAUGUUCCCUGCCUUGAUCAAACCAGGGUGAAAUUGUCCAAACAGUUCAACUAUCAGGAGAUGACUGACUACAUCAAUGCCAGUUUCAUGGAUGGGUACAAGCAAAGGAAUGCUUAUAUCGGCACUCAAGGGCCAUUAGAAAAUACAUACAACGACUUCUGGCGCAUGGUGUGGGAACAGAAUGUACUGGUGAUCGUGAUGACCACAAGGAUUGAAGAAGGAGGCAAAAGGAAGUGCGGUCAAUACUGGCCACUGGAGAAGGACUUUCAGAUCGGUUAUGGAACCUUAACGGUUACCAACCUUGGAACAGAGAACCUCAGCCAUUACAAGAAGACACUCCUGGAGAUGUUCAGCUGUGAGAACCGAGAGAGACGCCGUGUGACUCAUUUCCAGUACGUGAGCUGGCCCGACUACGGGGUCCCUUCCUCAGCAGCCACGCUCAUCGACUUCCUGGGAGCCGUCAAGCAGCAGCAGAGGGUGGCCGUCAGUGCCCUGGGACCACGUUACAAAGGUCAUCCAGGAGGGCCACCCAUUGUGGUACACUGCAGUGCCGGUAUUGGGAGGACAGGUACUUUCUGCGCACUGGAUAUUUGUCUGUCACAACUGCAAGAUGUGGGUACCCUCAACAUUUACCAGACGGUGGUGCGGAUGAGGACCCAGCGCGCCUUCAGCAUCCAGACCCCUGAGCAGUAUUACUUCUGCUACUUGGCCAUCCUUGAGCACGCGUACAGGGAAAACCUCCUGCCCUACUCCCAUCCCAGGAUGGGUCCAGAGAAGAGCUAAUCCCAAGGUCUAGAUCAGUAGAUGUGGAAGCUCAUCCAGGCUUCAGCCACAGCAGGAACUACUAUGCUGUCAGAUUCCUUCCUUCCUUCCUUCCUUUCUCAUCUUCCUUCCUUCCUUCUCUUUUCUUUUUCUCCCUUUCUCAACUUCCUUCCUUCUCUUCCUCCUUCCUCCUGCUCAACAACUGGGUUUGGCUGGAGCUUCCAGCUGGACCUGGCCAGUGGCAAGUCCAUUCUUCACUACCAAAGUUGGAGGCCAUUUUUCUUGGACUAUUUGGCCACAAGGAGCCAUGACCAGUAGCCACGGACAAGGGAUCUGUUGCAUCCACUGCCUUGACUGACCUGUGCCUUAUUGAAAAACAAAAACACAAAGCAACGAAUGAAGCAAGCCCAAGGGCUGCAUUGAGUCCAUGAACUGAAGACCCUGAUUCUUCUCCAUGGGCCUGUCCUUCAAGAGGCCGGCUUGGAAGAGCCACCCAACGCUUCAGUCUUAACGACCGCUAGGCCUGCCUGUGUGUUGUCCAUGUAACCUCCUUCUCCUGCCCGGGGAUCUAACCAGGAUGCCCGUUUAUAUAGGUGUAGCUGCUUCUAGCCAAGAUUCAGCAUUGCCUCAUUCCAAGGCCCAGUGCUACUGCCAAAGUUAAUGGAUCUGUCUAUCUCCCACCCACCACCCAUCUCUGCCCUCUCCUUGGGUCAACCACACAUGUUGACAAGGAGUUUUUGCCCGCAUGCCUUGAACAGGGGCACGGAUCCCUAAGAGGGCAGCUUUGGUGCAGAAAUUGGGAGAGGGGCCCCCAAACUGGCAUGGAGAAGGCAUGUUAGGGUUACGUCCUUCCCCAUUCUUUGGUGGCCUUUUUGGAGGAGUUCCUCCAAGGGGUCUCUGGAGCCCGCAAGGAAGGCAGGAGGCACAGCAGCGAAUGGCUUGUGUGUUUGUCCCUAGCUGGAAAUGCUAAGUGGCUGGUACGAAUAGGGAACCAGAAAAAGGGUCCCCGCGGGAUUGGGGGCCACAGGCAAAGAGAGGCAGGGGUUUAAGCUGGAUCAAUUCUCUUCCAUGGAGGCUCUUUUUCCAGAUGAAGCUGGGGAAAAAAAAACACUUUAAGGCAUCAAGAGACAGCAGAGGUUGUAUAAAAGUGGGGUCCCUGAUAACCUCCCUUGUAGCAUGUGGGGCCCCCAUAGCAGCAAGAUGGCACGGGUCUCAUAUUCCGGAGCCCUGGGGUCCCCCCUCUUUCUCUCUCUCUCUCUCUGCUUGCAGAGGAAAAGUGGCCCCAUCAAGCCACGUGAGUAACUUUAUACUGGAAUCAGAUCUUUAGAACGUGUAUAUUUCUUAUUUUUUACACCCCUCCUCUUUUUUUCCCCCCAUUUCAGUUUUUAUAUUUAAUCUUAACUUGCUCACGUCCAAGUUGGAAAUAAUUGUAAAUGUUCCUGGUCGCUGUUUUACAGCGAAUUAUGGGGUCUUUUCUUUAGGGAGGGUUUUUUUUUUUUUAGUAUUCACAAAUAAAUAUGCCUACAACGCA